AUGGAGUUCAUGCAAAUGGCUAACGACGUCAUCGCAACGUUGUCGUUUUCGCUGCACCGUCCUUUACUGCCACUGACUAUAACAACACUUCUUCUCACCAUUCCCUACAGAACCUGCAUCUCCACCGGUGCACGUGACCUGUCACACACCGGAGGGAUGGCGGAAUCCAAUGGAACCGAUCCAGCCAACGUGGCCACCAUGGUUUCAGAGAACGCCGUCGUGAUCAUUGGGAGACGUGGCUGCUGCAUGUGCCACGUGGUCAAAAGGUUGUUACAAGGCCUAGGAGUCAACCCUCCCGUCUACGAGGUCCAUGAGGACCAUGAAGCCGCCGUCGCUCGCCACCUCUCCCCCACGCCGACGAGCUCCAGUUUCCGGCGGUGUUCCUCGCCGGCAAGCUCUUCGGAGGGUUGGAACGAGUCAUGGCCACUCAUAUCUCAGUUGGAGAGCGAUGUGGCAAUAAUGUUUGGAAAAUGUCUCCUCUGUGGUAAUGGAUUGGUGGGGCGAGUUGUUGUUAGAAGCAGAUACACUAUUGCAUAG